AUGAAAGAAGAUUAUUGCUCAACCAUGAAGAAAAUCGAGGAAUGGUGUUCUCAAUGUGUUCAACGGAUAAAUGAACAUGCUAUCGCACAGAAAGCUCAUCUCGUGGAUGCUUACACGCUCAGAAAACAGUUCUUGAAGAAACGAUGUGAAGAAAUCGUUAAUUUAGCCUGCAGCAGCUCUGAUCAAACUGAAAAGAAUUCAUUCGAAGAAUUGUGUGCUAAAUUUCAUAAUUUAAAUGUUCAAUACUGGGAACUUAGACGUGUCACACAUGAAUGGACCAGAUUGGAUGUGAUUAUCACAUUAGAACUGGAAGAAACAAGAAGUGCGGAUAGCACGGCUACGCUACACAGUGCUAGAAGGCGAAGAAGACAACAUAAACUUGAAGAUACAACAGCACACAUUAACAAGACCUCAUCCGAAAAGCAAUCUUCUGAUUCAACAUCUUCAAAUUUAGAUCAUAAGAAUCAUUCACAAGUAGACGAAACACAAGCUGGAACAAAUGAUUCUGUAACAGAUGAUUUUACGAAUAAAUGUCCUAUAUGUUAUAUGAUAUAUCCAAGAAGUUUUACGAUCUAUGAUCGUCAAAGACACGUGAAUGCACACAUGGACGAAGAACCGAACUGA